AUGUUUGAACAAUCCCCAUCUGAAAUACCCUCUUCAUCUAUAUGGGCAUCAAUGAACAGCUGGUUCACACCUGCUGUUUUCUUUGUGCUCCUCAAUAUCAUGAUAGGCACAAUUGCUUUCACCUCAACACUAACCAACAAAAAACAAAACCAACCAACAAAUCAAAACCAGCACCAAAAUGAAGAAACCCACAAUCAGCCCAAACCAUCUGUCUUGCAGCGUCUCAAAUCCACUAAUUUCUACCCUUAUUUCAACAGAUCUCAGGAUACUCGGACUCUGUCUGCUCACAAACAAACCCCAGAUUCUUUCAACUCUGAACUACAGACCCAUUACUUUUUCCAAGAAAAUCUUCAGGCAUCACAGUCCCAACCCACAAAUUACAUUUUCGAGCAAACCCACGAGCUAAACAAUCAAGAAUCACAAACCCAUUUCGUCUUCGAGCAGAAAGAUCCGGAUUUGGGUGAUUCAAAGCGAACCCAUCUCGAUUCCGAUCAAAAAGAUCCGGACUUGGACGGGUCAAAGCAAACCCAUCUCGUUUUCGAGCAAAAAGAUUCGAGCUUGGACGGUUUCGAGCAGGCCCAAGAGGAGAAAAUCGAAGAAAAUGAGGCGGACGAGCAGAGCAUGGACGAGGUUUACAGUCAGCUCGCCGGCAGCCACUUCGUCAGGACGAAAUCGGACACGAAGCCGACCGCCGGCGAGAUUCCGGUGAAGCUUCCAGCCAGGAUGAGGAAAUCGGCGAGCUUGAAAUCACCAUUCGGGCACUUCGAGGAGGAGAAGAUCGUGGAGGCGCGGCGGCCGGCGACGGUGAGGGAGCGGCGGGGAAACAAUGCCAAGACGGCGGAGGGCGACCAUGAGGUGGACGCGAGGGCCGACGAUUUCAUCAACAAGUUUAAGGAGCAGCUUAAGCUUCAGAGGUUGGAUUCGAUUAUCAGGUACAAGGAUACGAUUGGGAAGGGGAGUGUGGGGAGGUAG